UCAGAUCAUUUAAGAAGUAUAACUGAUAAAAGCGCAGGGACAAAGAAAAAAAGGCAUUUAAAAAAUAUUUAACACAUACAGCAUGUGAUUGCAUGACGUCAUUGUGCACAUUAUGCGUUUGGUUGAUUUUUAUAUCUAUUCUGUAUAAUUCUAUACGAUACCUUAUUUAGGUAUUGACGGAGUCAAGGUCACGGACAAUCCUCCGCAGAGACGACUGUUAAAAACAACCUCUCUCUCUCUCUCUCUGUGUCUCUCUCCCUCUCUCUCUCUCCCCCUCUCUCUCUCUCUUUCUCUGUGUCUGUCUCUCUCUCUCUCUCUCUCUCUAUCUUUCUCUCUCUCUCUCUCUCUCUCUCUCUCUCUCUCUCGCUCGCUGUUGUUGUUACCUGGAUAUCAUCACUGAUGUAUGAGUCUGGAUUCAGUCUCAUUGUAAUGCAUACUGCGUUCAUCUGGCCGCGUGAAUCUUGAUGAUUUCUGUUUCGCGUGGGUCGCUUCUGUUAUUUGUUAUUCCUCGUAAUGAAAUGUUGUUCCGUUUUGUCCCGACGUGAUGUAAUGUUCACGUUUGGCGUUGAUGCUCUUCACAGAGAGGAUGCUGCCCCGCUGAUCGUCAUGUGGACCAGUGGAACACACAUGGAUGUGAUGUGAUGUUUUUCUCUCAUCAGCAUCUCCAUCAUGUCUCCAGCAGCACCCGUCACAGACAGCAGCGCGUCCGUUCUCCACGAGCACACGGACACUCCACGAGAAGAGCAGCGACCGGUGAAGGCGUCCUUGUGUAAAUCUCUGUGUCGCGAGGCGCACUGGAAAUGUCUUGUCCUCUCGCUCCUCAUGUACUGCUGCAUGAUCGCCUUGACCUGGUGUCAGGUCACCAAGGUGACACGCGUGACCUUCGACAGCGCCUUUCAGACCAGAUCCAUGACGUACCACGACAGCCCCUGCGCCGACGGCUACAUCUACAUCCCGGUGGCCUUCCUCGUCAUGCUCUACGUGGUCUACCUGCUGGAGUGUUGGCAUUGUUGCUCGCGCAACAAACUUCAGUUUCAAGCCGACCUGGAGAGUGUGACGGAGCGCGUGAGACGCAUGCAGCGAGCCACCCCUUGCAUCUGGUGGAAGGCCAUUAGUUACCACUACGUGCGGCGGACGCGUCAAGUGACCCGAUACCGCAACGGCGACGCUUACACCACCACACAGGUGUACCACGAGAGAGUCAACACGCACGUGGCCGAGGCCGAGUUCGACUAUGGGAACUGUGGGGCGAAGGACAUUUCCAAGCGGUUAACGGGUUUGGAGCGGUUUCCAGUGACCAAACUACGCUUCACAAAGUGCUUUAGCUUCGCCAACGUGGAGUCGGAAAACUCCUACCUGACUCAACGGGCCAGGUUCUUCACGGAGAACGAGGGCCUGGACGAUUACAUGGAGGCGCGUGAAGGAAUGCACCUCAAAAACGUGGAAUUUAAAGAACACACCAUCGCCUUCGCGGAUCCGGAUCACCUGCCAUGGUACUCCACGCGGUGCAUGUUCUGGACGGCUGCGGCGCUGACCCUUUCGUGGCCCCUGCGGGUGCUGACGGAGUACCGCACGGCACACCUUCACUACCACGUAGAGAAACUCUUCGGUUUUGACUACGUCGCCGUCACACCGUUGGACGAGAGGCCGUGUGGCCUCAGCAUCCCGCGGGUCAACACCAUAGACAGCACAGAACUCGAGUGGCACAUCCGUUCAAACCAACAGUUAGUGCCCAGUUACUCAGAAGCCGUGCUCAUGGAUCUGGCACAGCAGUCCAGCCGAGACGCACUCUCAUCGCGUGGAAUUGGUUUCAGCGCCCACGGUCAGAACUGUGAGCGCUGCCAUCGCUCCGUCAGCAGCUCUUCCAUCUUCUCACGCAGCGCGCUGAGUGCUUGCAACAGUAGCGGCCGCUUCUCUCUUGGCCGUCUGUACGCUUCACGACGCAGCUGUCUUUGGCGUAGUGGCAGCAGUGGCCUGAACGAUCCCGGCUGUCCGACAGAAAGCACACGUUGCCUGGCGGGUCGCUCUACCGCUGAGGAAAGCCCCCCCUCUCCUCCGGCCUACCAGGAUGCGCUGUACUUCCCUGUACUGAUCAUACAUCGCAAUGAGGGCUGUCACGAUCACCACACCCUUCACCAUAACAGCACUUGCGUGGAGACUUCAUUGUAGUCUUUGGGACGUUCUGAUGCUUGAAAUGACGGCUGAUGGUGCACCUUUGCACUCUUGACUUUAUUCAAAACGUACAAAUGCAACAUUUGUCCUCAAAUCAUUUCAUUUCUGCCCGUUUGUUCAAAUUUCCAUGAUAUUCAGCUUCAACUGUGGCAUCCCCCAAACGCCAUUCUGCACUUAAAACACCAAUUUGACAUCACUGACUGUCUAAUCUAAUGAAACUGAAGAAAAUUAACCCUUCUAUUCUCUGCUUCCAUCGCAAAUCAUUUGAAAAAUAUGCAUCACGCAUCUUUUUCUUUGAUUGUUUAACAGCACAACAAACUAAAUGCUCAACCCAAAGACAUCGACUGUUUUCCAGACACAAAUCAAGUCAAUCGUAUAAACAUGUGCAAGUGAUUUAAUCAUGCAAAUCAUAUAAAAACAAUAAACAAACUUUAAGGCCGGUCUACAUGAAGAGUUUAUUUCCAAAAUUAGAUAAUAUCAUGUUUUUUAUUGUGCAUUACAAUGAAUAUCACUCAAACUGCAGUUGGUUUGUUUUGAUUUAAGCCAGGAUAUCAAAAAAUACAGCUAACUAACACAAUAAAAACAUGAUAACGUCAUAAAAAACACGAUUUUUGAAAACAAGUUCUCAUUUUGGAAACAAACUAUUUCCCUGUAAUGUGGAGCUCGGAUAGAUUUAAAAUGAUAAACCUGAAGUAUUAAGACACAAGUAUUUAACAAGCACAGUUUCUGUUUGAUCUCUAUUUAUGGCAACGUUGUGAAUAAUUUAGUACACACAGGCUUAACGGACACAACAAGUCCAAACCAAACACAUCCUCUUUAAAAUAUUGAAUCAUUCUCUCCAUAUUUUAAAUAGAAAUGCUACUGUAACCCAUUCCGGAUGUUUUAUUUUCCACAACUACCUCUCCUUUUCAACAAGCUGAAGUGCCUCAGAUGUUUUUUUUGUUGACAUUUUGCUUUAUUACAUUUUCUAAACCCUCUGGAAAGAAAUAAUGUCAGCAAGAUUUUGAGCAGUCAGAUCUCACGGGAGAACUGAAAAUAAAUCACCUCUAAAAGCUCAAAUAAGCCACAUGCUCAAGUGAUCUUCAAAAGUUGGACAUAUAAAUAUAAAUAUUCCUAUUCUGUCAAAUCCAGAACCGAUCGUCAUAAAAACAAAGGCAUACAGAAGUUAUCCAUCUCCUGCAGUUUAUGUUAAUCGGUUUUAAGAGAAUUCAUGUGUAUAAAACAUUGAGAAAGUAACAAUGUAACACCUCACUGUUACUGUGUGACAGCACAUGUAACCUCUGCGUGACCUCGGAUGUAUGAUCCAACUGUAAAUAUUAAUGUAAAAGAGUCUUAGUGAUAGAAGAACUGAACAGUCUCUCAGAUUGACCAUAAUGCAAAAAAUGGACUAUACAAAAAUUUCAUAUUUCUUCUUUCUAAAAAUGCACGCAGUUAUUUCAGAACAUGAAGGGAAAGUAUUAUAAAAGCUUCCUGGUGACGAAGAAAAUCUGUUGUAUGUCUUGAUAUGCUGAAACAAGAAACACUUUGUAUUGUGAAUAAACACUUAUGUGUAUGCUGAAAUUUUUAUUUUUAACAACAUGACAUGUUUGCAACCUGAAAAUGUUGUCAUUUUGACGUGUCUACAAAUGUGUGCGUACAACACAGUAUUGUUGAAAAUACAAAAUGCAGAAACAAAUUAUACGAGAACAGUUAUAUUCUUUUUUAUGGCUGUCGAGAAAUAUUCCAGCGCCCAAAUGUGACUUUUAUUAUGACAUCGGAGGA